AUGCGUGACGCGCCUGUACGCAAACGCAGACGCCCAGCCAAGAGCUGUGAGCAAUGUCGGAAGCGUAAAAUAAAGUGUGAUCUUGAAGAGCCUUGUGGGCCGUGUAUGAAAGCCCGCGCGUCCCUUGCCUGUUCAUACUCGGCAGACAGCAUCCGGGACAGUCAACCUUCUCGUAACGAGCCAAGGCCCUGCCUCACCGUAAGAGACGAUAACAUUCUCGAAAUUCCCGGCGCAUUUGAUAUCCUUGGCGAGACUGCCGUGGAGACAAACCAGCCUAAUUUGGAAGAUGAAAGCGUGAGCAAAGAUGUCAAUCCGACGAUAACUACCGCUUUAAGCGAUAUACGAAGCAGAGUUGCGCGUCUGGAAAGAGAAAGCAACUCGAAUGCUGGUGUUGCGCCUGCAGUCAAGGACUUGCAAAGUCGUCUUGCAAGGAUAGAAAGGCAUUUGACGACCGUCUCUGCCGAAAAAGAUGAAUCAGGCGCUCCACCUUUUCGAAGAAGACCAGAACUUUCUGUGCCACCGACUGAGCCUCGCCUCCGAGUUGGUGCUAGCAAGACAAGACUUUUUGGUCCGGGGCACUGGCUUCAUACAGCAACAAAGUUCCAAGUGCUUGGCAGCUUUGAUCAUGAGGAGGCCCUGCCACCUUUUCCGGCAGAUGGCCUGAGUGCAAAAAUGAAGAGUCUGCGGGCAUUGCGGCAUUUUGCAAAGAAGCAGCAAUCCGUCACACUUCACGAUCCAGUUCCAGAUAUAACAAGCACACUGCCUUCCAGACAGGUCUGUGAUGAACUUGUCCGAGCAUAUAUCAGGACUUUCGAGCCGGUCUUUCGGAUCUUCCAUCUGCCUUCGUUCUGGAAGAUGUAUGAAGCUUACUGGAACGACACAGACCAAGGAACUCCGGUCAGUUUUCGCAUGAAGCUGGUAUUGGUCCUCGCCAUUGGAACCACUUUCUACCCUCACCGGAGCGAACUCGAGAGACUACAGCGUCUGGCACAUACGUGGAUCUAUGCUGCCCACUGGUGGAUGACGGGGCCUACUGAGAAACUCACUUACAACCUUGACGGGCUGCAGGUAGGCUGCCUUCUCCAACUGGCCCGGCAAACAAAUUCGUUGGGGGCGUCAUCUUGGUUCUCGGCUGGAACACUCCUACGCGUGGCCCUAUUCAUGGGCUUGCAUCGAGACCCAGGGCAUUUUCCUUCUUUGACCCCCUUCCACUCGGAAAUGCGUCGACGGCUCUGGGCGACUGUCUUAGAGUUGACAGCUUUGCCGGCUUUGGACUCCUCCAUGCCUCUAGAGGUGUCCAUGGACGACUAUGACACCCAAGCGCCAUCAAACCUGAACGACGAGGACUUGAAUCCAGACUCAAAUGCACCACUUCGACCAAAGGCUGACGGGGAGGUCACGGACACGUCCAUUCAGCGCUUAUUGCUCAGAUCCUUGCCAACAAGAUUGCGUGCCACAAAGCUUAUCAGCAACCUCGCAAGCCCACAACCAUAUGAAGAGACUGUCAACCUGGGUGUUGAGCUCAGAUCAUCCUGUCGCGAAGCGGCUGCCUUAUUUCAAACAGCGUCUACUUCGGGAAAAACCGGGGACUUGCCAAUAUCUUCCUUCCAAAAGGAAUUCAUUGACAUGUACCUGCGACGUUAUAUUUUAUUUCUCCACAGGCCCUUCGUUCUGCAAGGCCAGAAAGAUCCUCGGUUCUAUCUAGCCCGCAAAAUCUGCAAGGACUCCGCACUCGUCAUCGCCUCCUACGCCAAUGGGCUGAAUCUGCCAUCUCAGGACCUCGACGAUCUGUCACGCAUGUUCAUAACUAUUAGCGGCACCCUCAAAGGCCCGCUGAGUUUCGAUGUAAUCUCUAUGCUGGGCCUCGAGCUCCUCGCUCAACUCGAGGAGGACGGUGCAGGGACAUCCACGGCCAUCGACCCACUCGACGAGAUGGGCAGGGCAGCGAGAGCGCCCGUGAAGAAGGCGCUCGAACAUAUCAACGAGCAGCUCCUUCAGCUGAUCGCGCUGGGAGUGCCGCGCCUCAAGCGGUACGGCUUUCUCUCCGUCAUGUUGAGCCAGGCCCGGGCUCUCGAGACAGGACAGCCUAUCAAACAAGCGGUUUAUGGCGCGAUGCGAGACUGCAUGGAUAAGUGCUGCGCGUAUCUGGAAGCUGCGAGGGUGGUGUCAACUCCGCAGGACUCGAUCGAGAGUUUGACGCGUGCGAGCACUUCGGUUACCGAUGAGUUCGAGGAUCCCUUCGGAUUCGACCUCAACGAUAUCCUGAACCCGGGACUCAUGUUGAGCAUGCCCGGAGUGAUGUUUCCUCCCGAUGGGAACAGUAAUGACCAGUUCGACUGGAUUUAA